CUUUAUAUACUUCAAACUUUAAAAAAAUCCAAAUUAAAACCUUUUCUUCCCUCUUCUCUCGACGCUCUCUCUGAAAUCUUUCCCUCGCAACUCUCUGUGCUGGAAAAAUUAGUCUCUUUCGCCGUUGCCGAGCAUGGGAUUCGUUGAAUUAGGGCUUCCUUGUCCGCGAAAUGUCAAUGGGAUCACAGCUGAUCCACAGCCUGAUUGGAGUUUCGACCAGUUACUUUCGGAGAUUAAUUCAAUAGAAAAAAAGCUCAAUUCAAAUUUGGAUUUUCCUUCUCCUUUUACCAAAAAUGAACCUAGAGAUUUGAAAGCUUCGAAGGAUAAACGGGGCUUUGUAAUGCGCGUGUCCGAUUAUGAGACUGACUAUGCGGAUGCUGAUAGUGAUAGUGAGGCUGAUGCUGACAAUUCACUUGUGGCGUCAGGCAGGAGAUUUGCCUGUGAUGAACUUUAUAUGAGUGAUGAUUCUGAAGAUGAUGUAUCUCUUGGGAUGCAAUGCCACCAACUGAUGGAUAGAGCCGGAUUAGCUGAAGCUGCGGUCUAUGAGCUAAAUGAUGAGCAUCGGCUUAAUGUAACGGAGGCAGUGAGAUCCAAAGUAUAUGAUCUCGAGACUGAGCUGGUCAAGGAAAAUGAGAAAUUUGUCUCUUUGACAACUACAAUUCACAAAAACAGAGAACUACAACAGGAGAGGGUGAGAAAAUUGGACUUGCAGUAUCAACGUACACUGGCAGAAGACCUGGAUAAUCACUUGACAGUUGUACAGAGGGAUCAUGAGCACAUUUCCCAAUUAGAAGAAAGAAGAAUUAGAGAUGAUAUGGCUCGUGCGGAGGCUAAAAGAAGGGAAAAGGCAAUCCAGGAAGAAAAAAUACGGCAAGAAAGGAUCAAAGCAGAAGAGGAGCAGGCUAGACUAAAAUCUGAAAAGGCUGAGAGGGAUAAAGCAGCGGCUCUAGAGGCUGAGAUAAAAGCUGCCGAAGAAGCUGCAGCCAAACAAGCUUCUGCCUCAGAUGCUGCUCCUAAUGCGGGGAAAGAUUCCAAGGAAGCCCCUGGGCCCUCCAGUUCUACAUUUGAUGUCAAGAAAGGAACCCAAUCAUCAGCAGUAAAAAACAUAAUUCGAGCUUCCCAAAAUGCUCUUGAAUUGGAAAAGAGACGGCAACAAAUUUAUGAAGAAUUGUCUACAAAAGUCAAUCCUCUAAAUCAGGAUUAUCAAAGCCUUGGGCGAACUAUAGGCCGACUAAUUAGAACUAUCUCAGCUACCAUAGAAAAUAUUAGGACAAGGGCAGAAGAAAUUAUGAAACUGAUUAGUAGUCCACAAUAUCCACAGCCCAUCAGUAUAAAAUUAUUUGCAGAAAAGAUUGUCUCCAACUGCACAAAUCAAAGGAGCCCGAAUGCAAUAUUUGCUUCCAGUCGGGUUGUUGUUCUUGUGACAUCUAAGAUCCCACUAGCCAUGGACAUUCUCGUUGCUGAGUUGAACAGAGUUUGCAUCUACACAGUUCCGAAGCACAUAAGUUACUCAAAGGAAGCAUUCGGAACCAGAGAUGAUUACUUCAAAGCUAUCGGUUACAAGGAAGUAGAUGGCAAGCUUGAGGGCCUCGAUGAGUAUUUAGAAAGGUUGAGCUCUUAUAUGAAAUUAUAUGGAGCUUUAGUGCAGACUGAAGUCGGAGGCUGCCAGAACCUGCAUGGAAUGAAGGAAGGUUGGUCAUGGCUAGCAAGAUUCUUGAAUACAAUACCAUCGAAUCUAUUUACUGCAAUUGCCCUCGAUUCAUUUCUUGUGAUGGCUGGAUACGGGAUGUACUGCCGAUACAGAAAUCAAUUUGAGAAGCUAUUGAGUGUUAUUGGGCGCGACUUUGUGAACGCUUUACAAGAAGGUGGUGGGGAGUCGAGGAGCGCCAAGGUGAGCAAGGUGAAGAUGUCGCUUCGGAAUUAUAUCGAGUCAAAGCAGUACAAGAAAGAACCCGAAGGAUUGCAAUUGAGAGACCGUUUGGACUCAAAUGAACUGUACUGAUGCUGCAGCACCGACGUAGUUAUGCUCGUCUUUAGCUGAGCUGGCGGUGUUGAUUGAACAAGGCAAAUUCCUUGAGCGUUUGCUUUUUAUACACAAAAGUCCACAUAUGUAUGAUCUUCUAUGGGUGCAGUUUUUCUGCCUAAUUUAUCAAACAGAUAUUAACAUUUUUGUAACAUAGGUGAAAAGUUUGAAAUCUAUAAGACAAGUAGUUUGAGUCGGAGGA